CCCUAGCCCGGCCGGCAGCCUCCCACCUUGCAGACCUCCCCCAGCCGCCAGCCUGUACCUGCCGGGCAUGGCUGUGACCUGGGGCUGAGCUUACAGGCUAAGGAGGUGGGGCAGAGAUUCCUGAAGAGAGAGUGAGAGGACGAAGAGGAAGAGCAAAAGUAGAAGGAGGGGCGGGUUCCUGGCGAGGCUUUCGCUCCCAAGCAGAUUUCUGUAAAAGAUGGAGAAGGAAGAGGAGCCCACAAGGGAGCUGCUCUUGCCCAACUGGCAGGGCAGUGGUUCCCAUGGCCUAACCAUCGAGCAGACAGAUGAUGGUGUCUUUGUUCAGCAAGUCGUGCAGAAUUCCCCUGCGGCACGCACGGGUGUGGUCAAGGAGGGGGACCAGAUUGUGGGGGCCACCAUCUACUUCGACAAUCUGCAGUCGGGGGAGGUGACGCAGCUUCUGAACACCAUGGGCCACCACACAGUGGGCCUGAAGCUGCACCGCAAAGGAGACCGUUCCCCCGAGCCUGGCCAGUCCUGGUCCCAUGACAGCGCCUUUGCACGGUGCUCUGAGGUGGUGCUGAGUGGGGAUGAUGAGGAGUACCAACGGAUCUACACCACGAAAAUCAAGCCGCGACUGAAGUCAGAGGAUGGGGUGGAAGGCGGCGAGCUAGGGGAGACCCAGAGCCGCACCAUCACAGUGACCAGAAAGGUCACGGCCUACACAGUGGAUGUGACUGGGCGAGAGGGAGCCAGGGAGAUUGAUAUCAACAGCCCCGAGUUCAAGAUCAAGAUUCCAAGGCAUGAACUGAUGGAAAUCUCCAAGAUGGAUGUGGAGACCGAGCAUGGGAAGACCGUGAUCCGACUGCCGCAAAGCCCUGGAGCGACCAUUCAAACCACAGGCUACAGUGUUGACUUUAGGGCUACUGGACCAGAGCUCCAAGGGGUUGGGGGAGCUGGUGCUGGCCACUCCAAGGUCCAGGUGGAAGGCUUGGGUGUUGGCGGUGGUAGUAAGGGCCUGAAGGUGGAAGGAAAGCCAGAAAUCUCUGUUCAUACCAAAGUCCCUGCUUCUGUUGGCUUAGGAAGCAAAGGAGAAGCUGUCACUGGUCCUGGGGUCCAGGUUCCAGGAAUGGAUGUUUCAUCUUCAUUUGGAGGCGGGACUGUUGAUCUGCAGCGCCCAUCCAUAGAUAACAUAAACAUUCCCACCAUGAAGUUACCCAAGUUUGGCUUCUCAGCUGUGGGGCCUGGGGGUGAUAGUUCAGGUUUGGCAGUAAGUGGAAAUGUCCAGGGUCCUAAGCUGGAAGUCACAGCUCCAUCCGUCCAUGUCGAGGGAGUCAAAGGAAAGCUGAAGGGUCCUACAAUCACCACCCCAUCCUUGGAGGGUGACUUUGACCCGAAAGGUGUCAAACUUCCAGGGGCUGGAGGCUUGGACAUAUCUGCAUCCAAAGGACAUGUUGGUAUCAAAGGCCCCACGGUGGAACUUGGAACUCCAGAAAUUGAUCCUCAUGGGGCUGGUGGAAAACUGAAAAUGCCCCAGAUGAACGUCCCCAAGUUUUCUGUGUCUGGAUCCAAAGGGGAAGGAACCACUGUGGAUAUAAAACUGCCUGAGGGAGACGUGAACCUUCCCAGUGUCACUGGAAAUGUCAGCCUGCCGGAGGUGGCCAUCAGUGGCCCUGAGGGGAAAAUCAAAGACCCUAAAUUCAAGACCCCAGAGAUGAUAAUUCAGAAACCUAAAAUCUCCAUGCAGGAUGUAGACCUAAGCCUCAGGUCCCCCAAAUUGAAAGGGGAUAUGAAGGUGUCCGGUCCAGGAAUACAAGGGGAUGUCAAAGGUCCUCAGAUAGCUAUGACAGAACCGACAGUGGACAUCAAGGCACCCAACCUGGAGGGGUCCCUGACUGGGCCCAAGAUUGGCAGCCCAUCUGGGAAAAUGGGAACCUGCAAAAUCAGCAUGGCUGAUGUUGAUCUGAAUGUAGGUGCCCCAAAAAUAAAAGGCCAGGUGGACAUUGCCCUCCCGAAGGUAGAAGGGCAAGUCAAAGGCCCUGAGAUGGACAUCAAGGGCCCCAAAGUGGAUGUCAGUGCCCCAGAUGUGGAUGUCCAUGGUCCUGAGUGGCACCUGAAGAUGCCCAAGAUGAAGAUGCCCAAGUUCAGUGUGCCAGGGAUCAAGGGGGAGGGGCCAGAGGUUGAUGUGAGCCUGCCCAAGGGAGACAUCAAUGUUUCAGGGCCCAGCAUCGACAUUGCAGCCCCACAGGUCAACCUUGAAGGCCCAGAGGGAAAAGUGAAAGGGCCUGGCAUCAAGGUACCAGAUGCGAAUAUCAAGGCCCCAAAGAUCUCCAUGCCAGAUGUAGAUCUGCAUCUGAAAGGUACAAAGGUGAAGGGAGAAUAUGAUGUUACUGUCCCAAAACUAGAAGGGGAUCUGAAAGGCCCCAAAGUGGACAUCAGUGCCCCAGAUGUGGAGCUCCAUGGGCCAGAAUGGAACCUCAAGAUGCCCAAGAUGAAAAUGCCCAAAUUCAGCAUGCCUGGGUUCAAGGCGGAGGGCCCCGAGGUAGAUGUGAACUUGCCCAAGGCAGACAUUGAAAUUUCUGGGCCCAAAGUGGACAUUGAAGCUCCAGAUGUCAAUGUGGAGGUCCCAGAAGGGAAACUGAGGGGUUCCAAGUUUAAGAUGCCUGAGAUGAAUAUCAAGGCCCCAAAGAUUUCCAUGCCAGACUUACAUUUGAAGGGCCCCAAGGUGAAGGGAGAAUAUGAUGUGACCCCUCCCAGAAUAGAAGGUGAGGUGAACGUUCCAGAUGUGGAACUGAAAGGGGCCAAAGUGGACAUCAGUGCCCCAGAUGUGGAACUCCAUGGGCCAGAGUGGAACCUCAAGAUGCCCAAGGUGAAAAUGCCCAAAUUCAGCAUGCCUGGGUUCAAGGGGGAGGGCCCAGAGGUGGAUGUGAGCUUGCCCAAAGCAGAUGUUGACAUUUCUGGGCCCAAGGUGGACAUCGAUGUUCCAGAUGUGAAUAUUGAAGGCCCAGAAGGGAAAUUCAAAGGCCCUAAAUUUAAGAUGCCUGAGAUGAAUAUUAAGGCUCCAAAGAUUUCUAUGCCAGAUGUGGAUUUGCAUGUGAAAGGCCCCAAAGUGAAGGGGGAAUAUGAUGUUUCAGUUCCCAAACUGGAAGGAGAUCUGAAAGGCCCCAAAGUGGAUGUUAGCGCGCCAGAUGUGGAUGUCCAUGGGCCAGAGUGGAACCUGAAAAUGCCCAAGGUGAAAAUGCCCAAGAUCAGCAUGCCAGGCUUCAAGAGGGAAGGACCAGAUGUGGAUGUGAGCCUGCCCAAGGCAGACAUUGACAUUUCAGGCCCCAAGGUGGACAUUGAGGCUCCAGAUGUGAACAUAGAAGGUCCAGAAGGGAAAAUCAAAGGCCCCAAGUUCAAGAUGCCUGAGAUGAACAUCAAGGCUCCCAAGAUCUCCAUGCCAGAUGUGGACCUGAAUCUUAAAGGCCCCAAAGUGAAGGGAGAUGUAGAUGUGUCUGUGCCCAAGAUAGAAGGUGAUGUGAAGGUUCCUGAGGUGGACAUCAAAGGCCCGAAAGUGGACGUCAGUGCCCCAGAUGUGGAUGUCCAUGGGCCAGAGUGGAAUCUGAAGAUGCCCAAGAUGAAGAUGCCCAAGUUCAGCAUGCCAGGCUUCAAGGGGGAGGGCCCAGAUGUGGAUGUGAGUCUGCCCAAAGCAGAUGUUGACAUUUCCGGGCCUAAGGUGGACAUUGAUGUUCCAGAUGUGAAUAUCGAAGGGCCUGAAGGUAAACUGAAGGGCCCCAAGUUCAAGAUGCCUGACAUGCACUUCAAGGCCCCCAAGAUCUCUAUGCCAGAUGUGGACCUGAAUCUUAAAGGCCCCAAACUGAAAGGGGAUUUGGAUGUGUCUGUACCUAAGAUAGAAGGUGAUGUGAAAGUUCCUGAUGUAGACAUCAAGGGCCCCAAAGUGGACGUCAGUGCCCCAGAUGUGGAUGUCCAUGGGCCAGAGUGGAACCUCAAGAUGCCCAAGAUGAAGAUGCCCAAGUUCAGCAUGCCAGGCUUCAAGGGGGAGGGCCCAGAUGUGGAUGUGAGUCUGCCCAAAGCAGAUGUUGACAUUUCCGGGCCUAAGGUGGACAUUGAUGUUCCAGAUGUGAAUAUCGAAGGGCCUGAAGGUAAACUGAAGGGCCCCAAGUUCAAGAUGCCUGACAUGCACUUCAAGGCCCCCAAGAUCUCUAUGCCAGAUGUGGACUUGCAUUUGAGAGCCCCUAAAGUGAAGGGAGAUGUGGAUGUGGAUGUGUCUGUGCCUAAGAUAGAAGGUGAGGUGAAAGUUCCCGAUGUAGACAUCAAGGGCCCCAAAGUGGACGUCAGUGCCCCAGAUGUGGAUGUCCAUGGGCCAGAGUGGAAUCUGAAGAUGCCCAAGAUGAAGAUGCCCAAGUUCAGCAUGCCAGGCUUCAAGGGGGAAGGCCCAGACGUGGAUGUGAGUCUGCCCAAAGCAGAUGUUGACAUUUCUGGGCCCAAGGUGGAUAUUGAUGUUCCAGAUGUGAAUAUUGAAGGGCCUGAAGGUAAACUGAAGGGUCCCAAGUUCAAGAUGCCCGACAUGCACUUCAAGGCCCCCAAGAUCUCCAUGCCAGAUGUGGACCUGAAUCUUAAAGGCCCCAAACUGAAAGGGGAUGUUGAUGUGUCUGUGCCCAAGAUGGAAGGUGAUGUGAAGGUUCCUGAUGUGGACAUCAAGGGCCCCAAAGUAGAUGUCAGUGCCCCUGAUGUGGAUGUCCAUGGGCCGGAUUGGAACUUGAAAAUGCCCAAAGUGAAAAUUCCCAAGUUCAGCAUGCCUGGGUUCAAGGGGGAAGGACCAGAUGUGGAUGUGAGUCUUCCCAAGGCAGAUGUUGACAUUUCUGGGCCUAAGGUGGAUAUAAAUGCUCCAACUGUGAAUAUUGAAGGGCCGGAUGCAAAAUUUAAAAGUCCCAAAUUCAAAUUGCCUGAAAUGAAUAUAAAACCUCAGAAGAUCUCUAUGCCAGAUGUUGGCUUGCAUUUAAAAGGUCCCAAGGUGAAAGGAGACUAUGAUGUCACAGCUCCAAAGGUAGAAGGUGAGAUGGAGGUGCCAGAUAUGGAACUGAAAGGUCCUAAGGUAGACAUCAGCCCUCCUGAUGUGGAUGUCCAUGGGCCAGACUGGCAUCUGAAAAUGCCCAAGAUGAAAAUGCCCAAGUUCAGCAUGCCAGGAUUCAAGGGGGAGGGCCCAGAUGUGGAUGUCAACCUUCCCAAGGCAGACAUUAACAUCUCAGGCCCCAAGGUGGACAUUGAGGCUCCUGACAUGAAUAUAGAAGGUCCAGAGGGGAAGAUCAAAGGCCCCAAGUUCAAGAUGCCCAGUAUGAAUAUCCACACACACAAAAUCUCUAUGCCUGAUGUGGGACUCAAUUUGAAAUCACCUAAAUUAAAAGGCGAUCUGGAUGUUUCUCUCCCCAAAGUAGAAGGAGACUUGACAGGUCCUAAAGUUGACUUAAAAGGACCCAAGGUGGACGUGGACAUUGGUGAUGUUGAUCUUGAAGGUCCAGAAGGAAAGAUCAAAGGCCCCAAGUUCAAGAUGCCCGACAUGCACUUCAAGGCCCCCAAGAUCUCUAUGCCAGAUGUGGACCUGCAUUUGAAAGGUCCCAAAGUGAAGGGGGACAUGGAUGUGAAUGUGUCUGUGCCCAAGAUUGAAGGUGAUGUGAAGGUGCCUGAUGUGGACAUUAAGGGGCCCAAGUUGGACAUUAAUGCCCCAGAUGUGGAUGUCCAUGGGCCCGAGUGGAACCUCAAGAUGCCCAAGGUGAAAAUGCCCAAGUUCAGCAUGCCAGGAUUCAAGGGGGAGGGUCCAGAUGUGGAUGUGAGCCUGCCUAAAGCAGAUGUUGACAUUUCUGGGCCCAAGGUAGACAUUGAUGUUCCAGAUGUGGACAUUGAAGGGCCAGAAGGCAAACUGAAGGGCCCCAAAUUCAAGAUGCCAAAACUGAACAUCAAAGCUCCGAAAAUAUCCAUGCCUGAUGUGGACCUGAAUUUAAAAGCACCCAAAUUGAAAGGGGAGAUGGGUGUGUCUGCUCCAGACCUGGAAGGAGAUUUGAAAGGUCCUCAAGUUAAUAUCAAAGGUCCCAGUGUAGAUGUUGAGGUGCCUGAUGUGGACCUGGAGUGCCCAGAUGCCAAACUGAAGGGCCCCAAGUUCAAGAUGCCUGACAUGCACUUCAAGGCCCCCAAGAUCUCCAUGCCAGAUGUGGACUUGCAUUUGAGAGGUCCCAAAGUGAAGGGGGAUGUAGAUGUGUCUAUGCCCAAAUUAGAGGGAGAUAUCAAAGGUCCCAGUGUAGAUGUUGAGGUGCCUGAUGUGGACCUGGAGUGCCCAGAUGCCAAACUGAAGGGUCCCAAGUUCAAGAUGCCUGACAUGCACUUCAAGGCCCCCAAGAUUUCUAUGCCAGAUGUGGACCUACAUUUGAGAGGUCCUAAAGUGAAGGGAGAUGUGGAUGUGGAUGUGUCUGUGCCCAAGAUAGAAGGUGAUGUGAAGGUUCCUGAUGUGGACAUCAAGGGCCCCAAAGUGGAUGUCAGUGCCCCAGAUGUGGAUGUCCAUGGGCCUGAGUGGAACUUGAAGAUGCCCAAGAUGAAGAUGCCCAAGUUCAGCAUGCCAGGCUUCAAGGGAGAGGGUCCAGACGUGGAUGUGAGCAUGUCCAAAGCAGAUGUUGACAUUUCUGGGCCCAAGGUGGACAUUAAAGCACCAGAUGUAAAUAUUGAAGGGCCUGAAGGUAAACUGAAGGGCCCCAAGUUCAAGAUGCCUGACAUGCACUUCAAGGCCCCCAAGAUCUCUAUGCCAGAUGUGGACCUCCAUUUGAAAGGCCCCAAAUUGAAGGGGGAUGUGGAUGUGUCUGUGCCCAAGUUAGAAGGAGAUAUCAAAGGUCCCAGUGUAGAUGUCGAGGUGCCCGAUGUGGAUCUGGAGUGCCCAGAUGCCAAACUGAAGGGCCCCAAGUUCAAGAUGCCUGACAUGCACUUCAAGGCCCCCAAGAUCUCUAUGCCAGAUGUAGACCUCCAUUUGAAAGGCCCCAAAUUGAAGGGGGAUGUGGAUGUGUCUGUGCCCAAGUUAGAAGGAGAUAUCAAAGGUCCCAGUGUAGAUGUCGAGGUGCCCGAUGUGGAUCUGGAGUGCCCAGAUGCCAAACUGAAGGGCCCCAAGUUCAAGAUGCCUGACAUGCACUUCAAGGCCCCCAAGAUCUCUAUGCCAGAUGUGGACCUACACUUGAGAGGUCCUAAAGUGAAGGGUGAUGUGGAUGUGGAUGUGCCUGUGCCCAAGAUAGAAGGUGAUGUGAAGGUUCCUGAUGUGGACAUUAAGGGGCCCAAGUUGGACAUUAAUGCCCCAGAUGUGGAUAUCCAUGGGCCUGAGUGGAAUUUGAAGAUGCCCAAGAUGAAGAUGCCCAAGUUCAGCAUGCCAGGCUUCAAAGGGGAAGGACCAGAUGUGGAUGUGAGCCUGCCCAAAGCAGAUGUUGACAUUUCUGGGCCCAAGGUGGACAUUGAUGUUCCAGAUGUGGACUUGGAGUGCCCAGAUGCCAAACUGAAGGGCCCCAAGUUCAAGAUGCCUGACAUGCACUUCAAGGCCCCCAAGAUCUCUAUGCCAGAUGUAGAUUUCAACUUGAAGGGCCCUAAGAUCAAAGGAGAUGUCGAUGUCUCUGUUCCCAAAAUAGAAGGCCCAGAAGUGGAUGUUAAAGGGCCCAAAUUGGAUGUUGACAUGCCAGAUGUCAACGUUGAAGGUCCUGAAGGCAAGUGGAAAAGCCCAAAAUUUAAGAUGCCUGACAUGCACUUCAAGGCCCCCAAGAUCUCUAUGCCAGAUGUGGAUCUACAUUUGAAAGGCCCCAAAGUGAAGGGAGAUGUGGAUGUGGAUGUGUCUGUACCCAAGAUAGAAGGUGGUGUGAAGGUUCCUGAUGUGGACAUCAAGGGCCCCAAAGUGGAUGUCAGUGCCCCAGAUGUAGAUGUCCGUGGGCCUGAGUGGAACCUCAAGAUGCCCAAGAUGAAGAUGCCCAAGUUCAGCAUGCCAGGCUUCAAGGGGGAGGGCCCAGAUGUGGAUAUGAGCAUGCCCAAAGGAGAUAUUAAUAUUUCUGGGCCUAAAGUGGAUAUUGAUGCACCAGAUGUGAAUAUAGAAGGUCCAGAGGGGAAGAUCAAAGGUCCCAAGUUCAAGAUGCCUGAGAUGAACAUCAAGGCCCCCAAGAUCUCCAUGCCUGAUUUUGACUUGCAUCUUAAAGGCCCCAAAGUGAAAGGGGAUGUGGAUGUGUCUGUGCCCAAGAUAGAAGGUGAGGUGAAAGUUCCUGAUGUAGACAUCAAGGGCCCCAAAGUGGAUGUCACCGCCCCAGAUGUGGAUGUCCAUGGGCCAGAGUGGAACCUCAAGAUGCCCAAGAUGAAGAUGCCCAAAUUCAGCAUGCCAGGCUUCAAGGGGGAGGGCCCAGAUGUGGAUGUGAGUCUGCCCAAAGCAGAUGUUGACAUUUCUGGGCCUAAGGUAGACAUUGAUGUUCCAGAUGUGGACAUUGAAGGGCCUGAAGGGAAACUGAAGGGCCCCAAAUUUAAGAUGCCUGACAUGCAUUUCAAAGCCCCAAAGGUCUCUAUGCCGGACAUUGAUUUACACUUGAAAGCACCUAAACUGAAGGGAGAUGUCGAUGUCUCUCUUCCAAAGAUAGAAGGAAAUUUGAAAGGAGCAGAGUUAGAUAUCAAAGUCCCUAAAUUGGAUGUAGAGGCACCUGAUGUUGAUAUUCAUGGGCCAGAAGGAAAAUUAAAGAUGCCUAAAUUAAAGAUGCCAAAGUUUAGCAUGCCUGGGUUCAAGGGAGAGGGCCCAGAUGUGGAUGUGAGCCUGCCCAAAACAGAUGUUGACAUUUCUGGGCCCAAGGUGGACAUUGAUGUUCCAGAUGUGAGCAUCGAGGCCCCUGAGGGAAAGAUCAAGGGUCCCAAGUUCAAAAUGCCUGACAUGCACAUCAAAGCUCCAAAGAUUUCUAUGCCUGAUGUGGACCUUAAUCUGAAAGGCCCCAAACUGAAAGGAGAUGCAGAUCUCUCUGGGCCAAAGCUCGAAGGAGAUUUGAAAGGCCCUGACCUUGACAUCAAGGGCCCCAAAGUGGAUAUCAGUGCCCCAGAUGUGGAUGUCCAUGGGCCAGACUGGAACUUGAAAAUGCCCAAGGUGAAGAUGCCCAAGUUCAGCAUGCCAGGGUUCAAAGGGGAGGGCCCAGAGGUGGAUGUGAGUCUUCCAAAGGCAGAUAUUGACAUUUCAGGACCUAAUGUGGAAGUUGAAGCUCCUGAUGUGAAUAUUGAAGGGCCAGAAGGGAAGUGGAAAAGUCCCAAGUUCAAGAUGCCUGAUAUACAUUUUAAAACCCCGAAGAUAUCAAUGCCAGAAAUUGACCUUAACUUGAAGGGCCCCAAAGUAAAAGGAGAUGUAGAUGUUUCAGUCCCUAAGUUGGAAGGGGACAUAAAAGGUCCUGAACUUGACAUCAAGGGCCCCAAAGUAGAUGUCAGUGCCCCAGAAGUGGAUGUCCAUGGGCCAGACUGGAAUCUAAAGAUGCCUAAGAUGAAGAUGCCCAAGUUCAGCAUGCCAGGGUUCAAAGGAGAGGGCCCAGAGGUGGAUGUGAGCCUGCCCAAGGCAGACAUUGACAUUUCAGGCCCCAAGGUGGACAUUGAGGCUCCAGAUGUGAAUAUAGAAGGCCCAGAGGGAAAGAUCAAAGGUCCAAAGUUCAAGAUGCCUGAGAUGAACAUCAAGGCUCCCAAGAUCUCCAUGCCUGAUUUUGACUUGCAUCUGAAAGGCCCCAAAGUGAAGGGAGAUGUGGAUGUUUCUUUGCCCAAAGUGGAGGGGGAGAUGAAAGUGCCAGAUGUGGAACUGAAGGGUCCUAAGGUGGACAUCAGUGCCCCAGAUGUGGAUGUUCAUGGGCCAGAUUGGAACUUGAAAAUGCCCAAGGUGAAGAUGCCCAAGUUCAGCAUGCCAGGGUUCAAAGGGGAGGGCCCAGAGGUGGAUGUGAGCCUGCCCAAGGCAGACAUUGACAUUUCAGGCCCCAAGGUGGACAUUGAGGCUCCGGAUGUGAAUAUAGAAGGUCCAGAGGGGAAGAUCAAAGGUCCCAAGUUCAAGAUGCCUGAGAUGAAUAUCAAGGCUCCCAAGAUCUCCAUGCCUGAUUUUGACUUGCAUUUGAAAGGCCCCAAAGUGAAGGGAGAUGUAGAUGUGUCUGUGCCCAAGAUAGAAGGUGAGGUGGAAGUUCCAGAUGUGAACAUCAAAGGCCCCAAGGUGGACAUCAGUGCCCCAGAUGUGGACGUCCAUGGCCCAGAUUGGAAUCUGAAAAUGCCCAAGAUGAAGAUGCCCAAGUUCAGCAUGCCAGGGUUUAAGGGAGAGGGACCAGAUGUGGAUGUGAAUCUGCCCAAAGCAGACAUUGACAUUUCUGGAUCCAAGGUCGACAUCGAGGCUCCUGACAUUAACAUUGAGGGUCCAGAUGCAAAAGUAAAAGGUCCCAAAUUUAAAAUGCCUGAGAUGAAUAUUAAGGCUCCUAAGAUCUCAAUGCCAGACUUGGACCUCAAUCUUAAGGGUCCUAAAAUAAAAGGUGAUGUGGAUGUGACCCUUCCAAAGGUAGAAGGCGAUUUGAAAGGACCAUCUCUUGACAUCAAAGGCCCCAAGCUGGACAUCGAUGCCCCAGAUAUCGACAUCCAUGGCAAAGGUCCGAAACUUCAGAUGCCCGACAUGCAUGUCAACAUGCCCAAGAUUUCCAUGCCGGAGAUAGAUCUGAAUUUGAAAGGCCCCAAAAUCAAGGGAGAUGUUGACGUCUCUGCACCCAAAUUAGAAGGUGACAUCAAGGGUCCCAAAGUGGACAUAAAGGGCCCAGAGAUUGACAUUGCAGCCCCUAAAGUCAACAUUGAGGGGAAAUCUAAGAAAUCCCGUUUCAAGCUUCCCAAGUUUCACUUCUCAGGCCCCAAAGUUCAAACACCAGAAGUGGAUGCCAAACUCAAAAAGCCAGAUGUUGACAUUGCAGGCCCCAAAGUAGAUAUACAUGCCCCUGAUGUGGAGGUGCAGGGCAAAGCGAAAGGCCCGAAGUUCAAAAUGCCCUUUCUGAGCAUUUCUUCACCCAAGGUCUCGAUGCCAGAUGUAGAGUUAAAUCUGAAGGGCCCCAAAGUGAAGGGAGACAUGGACGUUGCAGGCCCAACCUUGGAAGGUGAUUUGAAAGGUCCUAAAGUAGAUCUUAAGACACCAGAAGUACAUCUUGAAGCACCUGAUGUGGACGUCCAUGGCCCAGACUUUAACGUGAAGAUGCCCAAGAUGAAGAUGCCCAAGUUCAGUAUGCCAGGAUUCAAGGGAGAAGGGUCAGAGGUGGAUGUGAAUCUGCCCAAGGCAGACAUUGAUGUAUCUGGUCCCAAGGUGGACAUUGAGGCUCCAGAUGUGAAUAUAGAAGGUCCAGAGGGGAAGAUCAAAGGCCCCAAGUUCAAGAUGCCUGAGAUGAACAUCAAGGCCCCCAAGAUCUCCAUGCCUGAUUUUGACUUACAUCUGAAAGGCCCCAAAGUGAAGGGAGAUGUAGAUGUGUCUGUGCCCAAGAUAGAAGGUGAUAUGAAGGUUCCUGAUGUGGACAUCAAGGGCCCCAAAGUGGACAUUGAUGUUCCAGAUGUGGAUAUCGAGGGCCCAGAUGGAAAGCUGAAAGGUCCCAAGUUCAAGAUGCCGGACAUGCAUUUCCAUGCCCCCAAGAUCUCCAUGCCCGAUAUUGAUCUGAACUUGAAGGGACCAAAGCUGAAGGGAGAUGUGGAUGUAUCCCUUCCUAAGGUGGAGGGGGAUCUAAAAGGCCCUGAUCUUGACAUCAAGGGCCCCAAAGUGGAUAUCAGUGCCCCAGAUGUGGAUGUCCAUGGGCCAGAUUGGAACUUGAAAAUGCCCAAAGUGAAGAUGCCCAAAUUCAGCAUGCCAGGGUUCAAAGGGGAGGGCCCAGAGGUGGAUGUGAGCCUGCCCAAGGCAGACAUUGACAUUUCAGGCCCCAAGGUGGACAUUGAGGCCCCUGACCUAAGUAUCGAAGGUCCAGAGGGGAAGAUCAAAGGUCCCAAGUUCAAGAUGCCUGAGAUGAACAUCAAGGCCCCCAAGAUCUCCAUGCCUGAUUUUGACUUGCAUCUGAAAGGCCCCAAAGUGAAGGGAGAUGUAGAUGUGUCUGUGCCCAAGAUUGAAGGUGAUGUGAAGGUUCCUGAUGUGGACAUCAAGGGCCCCAAAGUGGAUGUCAGCGCCCCAGAUGUGGAUGUCCAUGGGCCUGAGUGGAACCUCAAGAUGCCCAAGAUGAAGAUGCCCAAGUUCAGCAUGCCAGGCUUCAAGGGGGAGGGCCCAGAUGUGGAUGUGAGUCUGCCCAAAGCAGAUGUUGACAUUUCCGGGCCUAAGGUGGACAUUGAUGUUCCAGAUGUGAAUAUUGAAGGGCCUGAAGGUAAACUGAAGGGCCCCAAGUUCAAGAUGCCUGACAUGCACUUCAAGGCCCCCAAGAUCUCCAUGCCCGAUAUUGAUCUGAACCUGAAGGGGCCAAAACUGAAGGGAGAUGUGGAUGUGUCUCUUCCCAAAGUGGAAGGUGAUCUGAAAGGUCCUCAGGUGGAUAUUAAAGGCCCCAAAUUGGACAUAGAUACACCUGACAUUGACAUUCAUGGUCCUGAAGGGAAGCUGAAGGGCCCCAAGUUCAAAAUGCCUGACCUGCAUAUCAAGGCACCCAAAAUCUCUAUGCCAGAUGUGGACCUGAACCUGAAGGGACCAAAGCUGAAGGGAGAUGUGGAUGUCUCUCUUCCCAAGGUGGAGGGGGAUCUGAAAGGCCCUGACCUUGACAUCAAGGGCCCCAAAGUGGACAUUGAUGUUCCAGAUGUGGACAUUGAGGGCCCGGAAGGAAAGCUGAAAGGUCCCAAGUUCAAGAUGCCAGACAUGCAUUUCCAUGCCCCCAAGAUCUCCAUGCCCGAUAUUGAUCUGAACCUGAAGGGGCCAAAGCUGAAGGGAGAUGUGGAUGUGUCCCUUCCCAAGGUGGAAGGGGAUCUGAAAGGCCCUGAUCUUGACAUCAAGGGCCCCAAAGUGGAUAUCAGUGCCCCAGAUGUGGAUGUCCAUGGGCCAGAUUGGAACUUGAAAAUGCCCAAGGUGAAGAUGCCCAAAUUCAGCAUGCCAGGGUUCAAAGGGGAGGGUCCAGAGGUGGAUGUGAGCCUGCCCAAGGCAGACAUUGACAUUUCAGGCCCCAAGGUGGACAUUGAGGCCCCUGACCUAAGUAUCGAAGGUCCAGAGGGGAAGAUCAAAGGUCCCAAGUUCAAGAUGCCUGAGAUGAACAUCAAGGCUCCCAAGAUCUCCAUGCCUGAUUUUGACUUGCAUCUGAAAGGCCCCAAAGUGAAGGGGGAUGUGGAUGUGUCACUUCCUAAGGUGGAGGGGGAUCUGAAAGGCCCUGACCUUGACAUCAAGGGCCCCAAAGUGGACAUUGAUGUUCCAGAUGUGGACAUUGAGGGCCCAGAAGGAAAGCUGAAAGGUCCCAAGUUCAAGAUGCCAGACAUGCACAUCAAAGCCCCUAAAAUUUCCAUGCCCGACUUUGACUUGAACCUGAAAGGGCCAAAGAUAAAAGGUGACGUUGAUGUCUCUCUUCCCAAGGUGGAGGGAGACCUCAAAGGGCCCCAAGUCGAUAUUAAAGGUCCUAAGCUGGACAUUGAGGGUCCCGAGGGGAAACUGAAGGGUCCUAAAUUCCACAUGCCUGACGUGCAUUUCAAGACCCCCCAGAUUUCCAUGAGUGAAAUUGACUUGAACCUGAGAGGCCCCAAGAUGAAGGGAGAUGUGGAUGUGUCUCUUCCCAAAGUGGAAGGUGAUCUGAAAGGUCCUCAGGUGGAUAUCAAAGGCCCCAAAUUGGACAUAGAUACACCUGACAUUGACAUUCAUGGUCCUGAAGGGAAGCUGAAGGGCCCCAAGUUCAAAAUGCCUGACCUGCAUAUCAAGGCACCCAAAAUCUCUAUGCCAGAUGUGGACCUGAACCUGAAGGGACCAAAGCUGAAGGGAGAUGUGGAUGUCUCUCUUCCCAAGGUGGAGGGGGAUCUGAAAGGCCCUGACCUUGACAUCAAGGGUCCCAAAGUAGAUGUCAGUGCCCCAGAUGUGGAUGUCCAUGGGCCAGAUUGGAACUUGAAAAUGCCCAAGGUGAAGAUGCCCAAGUUCAGCAUGCCAGGGUUCAAAGGGGAAGGACCAGAGGUGGAUGUGAGCCUGCCCAAGGCAGACAUUGACAUUUCAGGCCCCAAGGUGGACAUUGAGGCCCCUGACCUAAGUAUCGAAGGUCCAGAGGGGAAGAUCAAAGGUCCCAAGUUCAAGAUGCCUGAGAUGAACAUCAAGGCUCCCAAGAUCUCCAUGCCUGAUUUUGACUUGCAUCUGAAAGGCCCCAAAGUGAAGGGAGAUGUGGAUGUCUCUCUUCCCAAGGUGGAGGGGGAUCUGAAAGGCCCUGACCUUGACAUCAAGGGCCCCAAAGUGGACAUUGAUGUUCCAGAUGUGGACAUUGAGGGCCCGGAAGGAAAGCUGAAAGGUCCCAAGUUCAAGAUGCCAGACAUGCAUUUCCAUGCCCCCAAGAUCUCCAUGCCCGAUAUUGAUCUGAACCUGAAGGGGCCAAAGCUGAAGGGAGAUGUGGAUGUGUCCCUUCCCAAGGUGGAAGGGGAUCUGAAAGGCCCUGAUCUUGACAUCAAGGGCCCCAAAGUGGAUAUCAGUGCCCCAGAUGUGGAUGUCCAUGGGCCAGAUUGGAACUUGAAAAUGCCCAAGGUGAAGAUGCCCAAAUUCAGCAUGCCAGGGUUCAAAGGGGAGGGUCCAGAGGUGGAUGUGAGCCUGCCCAAGGCAGACAUUGACAUUUCAGGCCCCAAGGUGGACAUUGAGGCCCCUGACCUAAGUAUCGAAAGUCCAGAGGGGAAGAUCAAAGGUCCCAAGUUCAAGAUGCCUGAGAUGAACAUCAAGGCUCCCAAGAUCUCCAUGCCUGAUGUUGACUUGCAUCUGAAAGGGCCCAAAUUAAAGGGAGAUUUUGAUGUGUCUGUCCCUAAGGUUGAAGGUAAUCUGAAGGGUCCUGAAGUAGACUUUCAAGGUCCCAGUUUGGAUUUCCAUGGCCCUGAUGCCAAAUUGAGUGGCCCAAACUUGAAAAUGCCAUCACUAGACAUUUCUGCGCCAAAAGUAUCUGCUCCUGAUGUCGACUUACAUCUCAAGUCACCCAAGUUUGGCCUAUCUGGUCCCAAGAUAGAAGGUGAAUUGGACCUGAAGGGCCCCAAGGUGGACUUAGAAGCACCAGGUUUGAAUAUUGAAAGUCCAGACCUGAACAUUGAGGGGCCAGAUGUUAAAAUUCCAAAAUUUAAGAAACCUAAAUUUGGCUUUGGGACUAAAGGCCCAAAGGCUGACAUCAAGUCCCCUUCGUUAGAUGUCACUGUUCCAGAAGCAGGGCUGAAUGUCGAGUCUCCCGAUAUCAGUGUCAGUGGGAAAGGCAAGAAAAUGAAAUUUAAAAUGCCUAGGAUUCAUAUGAGCGGCCCUAAAAUCAAGGGCAAAAAACAGGGAUUUGAUUUGAAUGUCCCAGAGGGUGAAAUCGAUGCCAAUCUCAAAACUCCAGACAUGGACGUCAACAUGGCAGCUCCAGAUGCCUCUCUUAAGGUCGAUGUGAAAUCUCCUAAAACCAAGAAACCGAUGUUUGGGAAAAUGUACUUCCCUGAUGUAGAAUUUGAUAUCAAAUCUCCCAAAUUCAAAGCAGAGGCCCCACUUCCCAGCCCCAAACUGGAAGGGGAGAUCCAAACACCUGGACUGGAAAUUUCAUCUCCGGGAAUUAAAGCUGGGCUCAAGGGACCUGGGCUCGAGGUUGGGUCUGUUGGCCUCAGUGGGAGUCUUCCCAGUGCCAAUGUAGAAGGGCCUGACAUCCAUCUGAAGGCACCAAAGUUCAAGGGGCCAGGUGGGAGCAUCGAUUUCUCAGGGCCAAAGAUAGAGGGAGAUCUGAAAGUGCCCACUGUCCAAGCCAACUUGGAUGCCUCUGAUAUCAACAUUGAAGUCCCUGAUGCCAAAAUCAAAGCUCCCUCCUUUGGCAUCUCAUCUCCUCAAGUAUCUAUCCCUGAUGUGAAUGUCAACUUGAAAGGACCAAAGAUAAAGGGUGAUGUCCCCAAAGUGGAAUUGGAAGGACCAGAUGUUGAUCUGAAGGGUCCAGAUGCAAAAAUCCAGUUUCCUAAGUUUUCCUUGCCCAAGAUUGGAGUACCUGGUCUGAAGGUGGAGGGUGGGGGAGCUGAUUUUCAUGGCCAGCUCCCCUCUCUUGAAGGAGGUGUGAGUGCCCCUAACCUCAAGUUUGAAGGGCCUGAUGUAACCCUGAGAGGACCCCAAGGGAACCUGCCUUCUGUGAACCUCUCUGGGCCAGAUCUUGACUUAAAUUUGAAAGGACCAAAGCUGAAGGGAGAUCUGGAUGUUUCUGGGGGUGUCAUAGGUCCCAAGGUGGGUGUGGACACCCCAGGCCUUGACCUCAAAGGAGCUGGUGGGAAACUGAAGAUGGAAGGUGGUGGCAGAUUUUCUACAGAAGGAGGAGUGAAAGUGCCUGGUGUUGACAUCAGUUUAGAGACCCCAAAAUUGAAUGUUGGCAUGCCCGAUGUGAAUCUGAAGGGACCAAACCUGAAGGGAGAUGUGGCUAUAGCGGGUGACAUCAAGUGUCCCAAAGGGUCGGUGGAUGCCCCAGCUGUCGGUUUGGAGGCACCAGGGGGAGCUAUUAAACUCCCCCAAAUGAAGUUGCCUCAAUUUGGCAUCUCCUCUCAGGGGUCUAAUCUGGACGUUAACAUCACAGGGCCAGAGCUGAAGGGGCCUGGGAUGGAUGUGCAGCUCAAAGGUGUGGAUGGGAAAGGGCCUCAGAUCUCACCUGACGUGGACUUAAACUUGGAAGGACCAAAAAUCAAAGGGGGCUUCAGGGCCAGUGGUGACAUCAAAGGUCCUACUGUGGGAGUGGGUCUUGGGGGCGUCAAUGUCAAAGGCUUGGAAGGCAGUAUCCAGAAGCCCAGAUGUGAAGCAGAGCUGCCAGAUGUGAAUGUCAAAUUCCCAUCAGGGAAGCUUUCAGGUUCAGGCAUUGGUCUUCAUGGGGCAGCUCCUGACGUGAGCAUCCAGGGACCUACAUUCAAUCUCUCAUCACCCGAGGUCUCAGCAUCAGACUUGGGGGGGAUCAGUUUGAAGGGACCGAAAAUCCAAGGCAGUGUGGAUGUUUCUGGAGGUGACAAAGCUCCAGACCUCAGCUUGGGGGGAGGACACGUAAAUAUAAAAGGUGUGGGUGGAGAGUGGAAAGGGCCCCAGGUCUCCUCUGCUCUUGACCUGGAUGUGCCAAAGUUGGCCGGGGGAAUCCAUGUUUCAGGACCAAAGGCAGAAGGAGGUAUUAAAGGAGGCCAGGUGGGACUUCAGGGUCCUGGGGUGAGUGUGUCCGGCCCUCAAGUUCACUUGGAAAGCGUCUCUGGAAAAGUGACAUUCCCCAAGAUGAAGAUCCCCAAGUUUACGUCCUCAGAACGGGAGCUAGUGGGCAGAGAAGUGGGGGUGGAUGUGAACUUCCCCAAAGUGGAAGGUGGCAUGCAGGCUGGAGCUGACGAAGGGGAGUGGGAGGAGGCGGACGUCAAACUCAAAAAGUCCAAAAUCAAAAUGCCCAAAUUUACCUUUUCCAAAGCCAAAGGUAAGGGCAGUGCUGCAAGCUCCCCGGAGGUCUCGAUCUCUGGCUCCAAGGGAGACCUCAAGAGCUCUAAGGCCAGUUUAGGCUCCUUCGAUGGGGAGGUCGAGGCAGAGGCCUCCUCGCCGAAAGGCAAAUUCUCCUUCUUUAAGAGCAAAAAGCCUCGUCAUAGGUCCAGCUCCUUCAGUGACGAGAGGGAGCAUUCUGCUCCAGUCACCCCUACUGGCACACUCGAGUUUGGAAGUGGGGAAGUGUCCAUCGAGGGUGGAAAGGUCAAAGGGAAACAUGGCAAACUGAAGUUUGGCACCUUUGGUGGGCUAGGGUCAAAGAGUAAAGGUCACUAUGAGGUCACUGGGAGUGACGAGGAGGCUGGGAAGCUCCAGGGAAGCGGGGUAUCCCUGGCCUCCAAGAAGUCCAGGCUGUCCUCAUCAUCGAGUAACGACAGCGGGACCAAGGUGGGCAUACAGUUGUCAGAGGCAGAGUUGACUGUUUCCAAAAAGUAAGAUGAGAGGCCCUUUGUGUGUGUGCACAUGUAUAUAUAUAAAUAUAUAUUUACAGUAGGUAGGCUUCCGUGUGUUUGUAUAUAAACUUCUGAAGAUUGACUCAAGGUCAAAAUCAGCAAUGAAAACAGAGGCCUGGCCGGCUUGGCCUGACCUCAGGUUACUGGGAAGAGCCUGGGGCUGUGGUAAUAACAGCAAAAGGAGGUGAAUUGUGUGUUUUUUUCAGUCCAGCCUAUCUGCAAAGUAAGCAGUAUUUGCCUUCUUAAGACUUCAGUUUGCUCAUGAAAUGCUGAGAGCAUCUGUUUACUAAGCAAGCCUUGUGUUUAUCACGUUCAUUUUUACAGAAUCUUUUCAGUGUUGGGGUCAUAGAAAUCUGACGUCCAUUUGAAUGCCUUUUUUUUGGGGGGGUAGGCUUUUGUUUGCAAGGGA